GCGUCUUGUGUAAAACUGAUUUUAGUGCCUGUUGUCGUCGUCCUCGGCGGCGGUGGUGGUGUCAUUGAAAAUGUGUUAUCUCGGUUUCAUUAGAACUAUUUCAUUGCUCUGUGCCUUCUUAUCAUGGUCGAACACUCAAGCUGCACGCCCCACAUCAAGAUACAAUGUGGUCUUUGUCAUUUUCGAUGAUUUAAGACCGGCCAUCGGAGCCUACGGAGAUCAUUUGGCCAAAACUCCAAAUUUGGAUAAAUUUAUAAAUGGCGGUUAUUACUUUACCAGAGCCUACAGUCAGCAAGCCUUAUGCGCUCCUAGUCGCAAUUCUUUUCUCACCAGUCGCCGUCCGGAUACCUUGCACCUGUAUGAUUUCUACAGCUAUUGGCGUACCUCAAGGGGAAAUUUUACCACUCUACCUCAGUAUUUUAAGCAAAAUGGCUACUACACUUACGGUGUGGGAAAGGUAUUUCAUCCUGGAAUCUCUUCGAAUAACACGGAUGAUUAUCCCUUAAGUUGGACUGCUAGGCCAUUUCGGCCAAAGAGUGAACGUUUCAUGAACUCUCCCGUAUGCCCUGAUAAAAUGGGUGUGCUUAGGAGGAAACUCAUUUGUCCUGUGGAUCUGAAAACGCAGCCCUAUAAAACAUUGCCCGACAUAGAAUCUGUGGCGGAGGCCAUACGUGUCAUACGUUCACGUGGCAAGGCACGUCGCCCUUACUUUUUGGCCUUGGGAUUUCAUAAGCCUCACAUUAAUUUUCGCUUUCCCAGUGAAUACAUGCAACACUUCCGUGUAGAGAAUUUCUACAACUACACCAAGGAUAAUUAUAAGCCACACGAUAUGCCCAAAGUGGCUUGGAAUCCCUACACUGACAUUCGCUCACGCCAUGACAUGAAGCAUUUGAAUAUACCAUUUCCCUAUGGUCCCAUUCCCAAAAGACAAAGUGCCAAAAUACGUCAGGCCUACUAUGCUGCGGUGAGCUAUGUAGAUGACCUGUUUGGCAGGCUUAUGCAGAAUAUCGACUUGGAGAACACGGUGGUCCUAGUGACCAGUGAUCAUGGUUGGUCUUUGGGCGAACAUGCCGAAUGGGCUAAAUAUAGUAAUUUUGAAGUUGCUCUACGUGUGCCUUUGAUUAUAAGAAGUCCAGAAUUUUCGAGCGAUGGGAGAGAGCUAACGAGAAAUCUGAGCGUCCUAACAGAAUUGGUAGAUAUUUUCCCCACUCUGGUAGAUUUGGCUCAUCUACCUUCAAUACCUAGGUGCCUGAACAAUACACCCAUGGAAGAACAACUUACUUGCACUGAGGGGAAAAGCUUGUAUCCCUUUAUAAGGCAACAAUCGACCAGAAUUGUGGAGAGGGAAUUAUUUGCCCUAAGCCAAUAUCCUCGACCAGGCCGCCUUCCCACAAAACAUCCAAAUAGUGAUAAACCGAAAUUGAAACAAAUCAAAAUUAUGGGUUAUUCCCUGAGAUCAGACACAUUUCGUUAUACCCUUUGGAUAGAAUUUAAUCCCCUCGAUUUUACCAAGGAUUGGUCCACCACCUAUGGCGAAGAGUUAUACGACCAUCGAUUGGAUGCCAUGGAGGAGAUUAACUUGGUCGACUGGCCGCAGUUCAAUAAUGUGCGUUUGGAUCUCAAAAAUAAAUUAAUAAAAGCUUUUACCAAAUAACUAAAUAAUCGUA